AUGUACUGUGAAAUCUGCAGAAGGCCUGUUUGUCAUCUUUGUAAACUGGGUGGAUGUCAUGCAAACCAUAGAGUAACAACCAUGAGAACUGCCUACAAAACCCUUAAGGAGAAGCUUUCAAAAGAUAUUGAGUACCUCAUCAGUAAGGAGAGCCAGGUGAAAGCUCACAUCACACAGCUGGAUCUGCUGCUGAAAGAAACAGAGUGCAACAGUGAACGAGCUAAAGAAGAAGCAUCUCAGAGCUUUGAGAAAUUAUCUCAUGUCCUAGAAGAGAAGAAGUCCGCAGCUCUUAGGGCAAUUGAAACUUCUAAGAAUUUAAGGCUGGAAAAAUUGCAAACGCAAGCAGAGGAAUAUCAAGGGCUCCUGGAAAAUAAUGGCCUUGUAGGAUAUGCUCAAGAGGUGCUUAAAGAAACUGAUCCAUCUUGUUUUGUUCAAACAGCAAAACAGCUUCAUGACAGAAUCCAAAAAGCUACUGAAUCUCUGAAGAGCUUCAGGCCAGCAGCUGAAACUACUUUUGAAGACUUUGUGGUGGACAUAGCUAAGCAAGAAGAGAUCCUUGGUGACUUGUCCUUCCAUUCCAAUGGUCUAGAAAUACCAGAAAUCAAUGAAGAGCAGAGCAGAAUGUACAACAAAGCUCUGAUCAGCUGGGAAUGCCCUGGGAAGACAGACUCAGCUGAUAUCUAUGUUCUUGAGUAUCGUAAGCUUAAUAGAGAAGAGGAGAGUGCGACGUGGCAGGAGAUCAAAGUUUGCAGCAAGAGCAAAGUAAUAUCUGAUCUUGAUGAUGACAGCUCCUAUGCCUUUAGAGUUCGAGGAUAUAAAGGGUCCAUCUGUAGCCCUUGGAGCCGAGAAGUUAUUUUGCGUACGCCUCCAGCUCCAGUUUUCAGUUUUCUUUUUGAUGACAAAUGUGGGUACAACAGCGAACAUCUCCUGCUGAACCCAGGAAGAACCUCUGUGGAAAGCAGGGCUGGAUUUCCUCUACUGCUGGGAUCUGAGCGCAUGCAGGUCGGAUGCUACACAACCCUGGAUUACAUCAUUGGCGACACCGGGAUUGCCAAAGGGAAGCACGUCUGGGCUUUUCGUGUGGAAGCCUAUUCAUACCUGGUGAAAGUGGGAGUUGUUUCUAGCAACCAGAUACAGAAAUUGUUCCAUAAUACCCAUGAUGUGACCAGCCCAAGGUACGAGCAAGACAGUGGUCAUGACAGUGGGAGUGAAGAUGCCUUCUUUGACUCACCACAGCCUUUCACACUGGUCACUUUAGGCAUGAAGAAGUUCUUUAUCCCCACAACACCUGCUGCCCCCAAGGAUCCAGCGAGCAGAAUCCUUCCCCUGCCAUCGUGCUUGGGCAUCUGCCUCGACUGUGACAAAGGCAAGGUGGGGUUCUACGACGCAGGCCGUAUGAAAUGCCUUUAUGAGUGCGAGGUGGACUGCUCUGGCAUAAUGUACCCAGCAUUUGCCUUAAUGGGUGGUGCAGCAGUUCAUCUUGAGGAACCUGUCACAGCAAAGUACGGGGAGUACCACGACGACAUCUAG